AUGGCUGAUUCAUUUGAGUUGUCAAUGCAAGAGGCAACUGGUCCAGAGAUCUGGGAAGAUACAAGAGCCAAGGUGGACAUUUUUAUUGCAGGGAUCGGCACUAGUGGAACAAUUUCUGGGGUUGGUUGGUUCCUUAAACAGCAAAAUCCUAGCAUAAAGGUUAUUGGUUUGGAACCGUUAGAAAGCAACAUACUCUCUGGUGGGAAGCCUGGUCCUCACAAAAUUCAAGGAAUCGAAAUAGGUUUUAUACCCAGAAAUUUGGAUCAAGCUAUAGUUGAUGAAAUCAUAGCGAUAUCCAGUGACGAAGCUGUGGAAACUGCAAAGCAGCUGUCACUCCAAGAGGGCUUGUUGGUUAGUAUUUCUUGUUAAUUUUUAAACCAUUACUAUAAUUUGAGAGGAAACAUUAGAUCAGAGAUGCUUUCUUCUUCUGUUUUCAAUAUCUCUGUGUCUUAAAAAAGGGGAAAAAAAAUUGAAGACUAAUUCAAUGUUGAAGACUGGAUGUCUAAAAGAAAACUAUGGAUCAAUUGAAGACUAUGGAUCAAUUCAUAUUGUCAACCUUUCA